UUUGGUCGAAAAUUUCUGAAAUUUUGAAGGAAGAUGACGCCACCAAAAUUUUAAAUGUUGCCGGAAAAGUUAAUCAACUCGUUGCUGGUUUAUUUCUAUUCUUGUUCCGUUGUAUAAACAGUGAAGAAGAAAAAGAAUAUCGCAUGGAAAGAAAGUCAACAAACUUUGCAUUAUAAGCAACUGAAAUAUAAAAGAAUAAAAAUGUUCGAUUUAUUCUAUUUUUUACUCCGAAAAUUAAACUAAUUUACAUAGCAAUUAAUGAGUUUUGCUUUAAAGAACUGUGUAGACUAGAAAUUCGUGCAAAGAUGAAUGGCAGACAUUUUGUCAUAUGCUUACUGUAUGUGACUCUUAACGAUAAAUUUUCCAUUUAUGCUAACGAUAUAACGUUCGAAACUGACGACUACUUCGAAGAAUAUUAUGAUGAUUAUACUGCCGAUACGUUUAGAGCAAAGGAAACAGGUACCAAAACUUCGUUUACCGAAGAAGAAAGGGAAGACAUUUUAGACUUAAGUAAUCUUUAUAGGAACAGCACUAAUCCCACAGCUGCAGAUAUGCUCAAACUGUACUGGAGUGAUGCAUUAGCAAAAUUGGCUGACCGUUGGUCAAGUCAAUGUAAGGUGUAUGAAAGUGGUGGACCAAGAGAUUGUUUCGAGUUCAUUGGUCAGAACAUUUACGUAGGGUUUAAAUCAUAUGAAGCUGCCUUAAAUGAUUGGUAUGAUGAAAGACAUUUGUAUGAUUACAAAAAUUAUUCGUGUGCAAUAAAGGAUAAAUGUAAUAAUUAUCUUAAUAUGGUAUCGGCUGAAACUCAUUCUGUAGGUUGCUCGAUAAGAGAUUGUUCCAGGACUGGAUAUAAGUAUCUGAUAGUUUGCAAUUAUUAUCCAAAGUUUAAUAGCUCAAAGACGAAACAUCCUUACUCAAAAGGAUUAUCGUGUGAAUCAUGUGUCGCGAAAACAAUAUGUGUUAACAGUUUGUGUGAAUUAUAUAAGCCACAAGUACCAGAAGACGAUUUGCAAACCUGUUCUGGAUUCAUACAGCAAAGUAAUAUACAAACAGUAUUUACAUUGGGACUAGUAAUUCCAAUGAUAUUUUACAGAAUUCCUAUUACAGAAUGAGAGAAAAUAUGCCAACAUUCUAAAAUAUUUUAUUUUUCAUACAUGUAA